AAGCGAAGCCGCUCUACUUCCCCUUCCGCUCCGCGCACGAGAGGACGAGACACGGCAACAAGCUACGGGAGAGAGGCCACGCACGAUGAUGGCGUGUCGGCGGCUGGCGAGGGAGGCCGUCGCGGCCUCGCUGCGACGGGGCUCCGCCACCGCGCCCACCGCCUCCACGCGCGCCUUUUCCGCCGCCGCCGCCGCCGCUGCGUCCUGCUCCUCCCGCGCACCAGUCGCCGCCAGCCCUAUUCGCCAGUUCCUCGCGCGCUGUUCGAGCCCCGCUUUCCAGCCUCGCGCUGCCGAGUUCGGGCCUUCGCUCACCGCGAGAGUAGCCCUUGGUCUCCGGCCGCAGUUGUCAGGUCUCAAUCUGAUAAAAGGAUUUGGAACAAGCACCAUGCUAGCGAUGACGCUUCAUCAGGGACAGGUUACUGCUGCCACAAAAGAGCAACCAUCAAAAGCCAUAGCUGGACCAACCACGGGAUCUUUGAAAACCGAGCGUGGGCCUUCAUUUUGGCCUUUGGUCAGGAAACUUCAGCUGCCAGUUGGAUUGAUUUUUCUGAUUAUUUCUGGGUUGCACAGCCCGUUAGGUCUUGCCCUAAAUAUUUUGCUUCUCAUCUACUGCUCGAGACCUAGCCACUAUUCAAUAUAUUUGUUUCUUCAGGAGCUUCGACAUAGGGAGAUGGGUCAAAACCAUGCUGUGUCCAAGGAGGAGUACAUGCGUACAAGAAAUGUUAAUACUGAAGAUUACAAGUUUUUUUCAAUUGGAACCAUUGAAUUAGCAGACGGGAGGGUGCUACAUCUCAUUGGAAUGCUGGGGAGCUGGUGGAUGUACCGUGUGUCAUUCAAGUGGAAAGAGCCAGUGUAGAAUGUAUUUUAGUUCUGAAGAGCAAGUUAACCAUCUGGUGCUGAAUAGCAUAUAUUUUGAAUCAUUUCUAAAUGACCAGUAGGUACUUAGAGAAUUGACUUUUCAGUAGGUGACCUGUAUUGUUUUUUUUUAAAAAAAAAAACUGGUGAUGUCCAAUGAUUUUGCGAAAGUAUUGUGCAAGAAUAUAAUGGAAGCAUCAAGUAUGGAACCUGGUGAUGGUGACUGGUACUAUUUCUUAUUGCGCAAUGCAGUUCUACUUGGAACACCUAUUUCUUGUCAUCUAGCACAUUGGUGUAUGUCCCAAAUGUUGCUUCUCUAAGUUUAGCUUCUGUAAACAAGGACGUGAUUAUAAUGAACAAGGCAUGGUGCCAUCCGUUAGUUUUCUUCCUGCUACUAGCGUGUUGCUAUUAAUCAGUCACUUGAAACAGAAUUAUUGAAAUAAUAAUCAAUUGUAGUCCUUAGCUCUCAUUUCAUCAGAAUUGGCUGCAACUCAUUAUAGUUUAUUCCUUUUUAAAUGGCUUUUGAGAUGCUUCCUCUUUUGGUCAUGAAUCAUGAUCAGUAUUACAUCAGAGUUACACUAUUGAUCACUACUCCGGUACUCUCCUUGCAGGUGAUAUUUCUUCAGUGAAUCGAUUUGCUAGAAUCUGUAAUUGCAGUGAUAAUUGUAUGGAAAAACUGGAAUAACAUUCUCGUUGUCACUUUGUUGCUUUGCAUCGUGAAUCUUUACUUUGCUCACUGUUUUCAGUUUCAUUCAUUCACGGAAGUCAGCAUUCUAACAUGUUUUCUAGGCAGCUAAAGUGAUGAUAAGGAAUCGCGUAAAGGAAACCAAGGCAUAAAGAUCAUUCAUUUGAAAUGGGAAAGGAAUUUUGGGAAAAGUAAAGAAAGGCAUACUGGUUUGGAAAUUUGUAGGCUGUUAGCUGCUCCUAAUUAGUUGUGAGGGAAAUGGCUGGGAGGAACAUUGGAGUCGCAGUGGACUUCUCGUCAUGCAGCAAAGCAGCUCUGCGAUGGGCAUCAACAAACCUUGCCAGGAACGGUGAUAAGCUCAUACUAAUCCAUGUGAACAAUUCCUAUCAGAAUGAGCAGGGCGCUGUUCAUCUCUGGGAGCAGAGUGGUUCCCCACUCAUCCCUCUGGCCGAGUUCUCAGAUGUCACCAGGACAUAUGGUGUAUCACCGGACAAGGAGACAAUUGAGAUCCUCACUCAAGUGGCAAAUCAAAGAGGGAUUGAAGUCUUUGCAAAGAUAUUCUACGGUGACCCGGCAAAGAAGCUCUAUGAAGCAGUUGACCUGGUUUCCCUUAGCUGCAUGGUUAUCGGGAGCAGAGGACUAAGCACGCUCAAGAGGGCUCUGAUGGGGAGCGUGAGCACCUAUAUUGUGAACUACGCGGCAUGCCCUGUGACGGUUGUGAAGGAGCACAUGUAGGGGCAGUCAGCCCGAUGAACACUGCUGUUUACAAGCUUCACUCCAAAAGAACAAUACGUAUAUGUGUGGUAGCCAGAUUAAAUAAGUGUACUUGACAUGCACUGAUCAGGUGGAUCUUGCUACAUAGAAAAUAAUAAAAUCUGAAGAUACGGAAUCUUGUGCUUGAAAUUCACUCAGCUAGGACUGGACAGAACAUGACUUGGCACUGUCAUCUGAAGAUAUGUCCUAGGCCUGAUGUAAUCUUCGAAUAAUUUUGCUUGUAAAAUCAGUUAAAGAAAUAUACGGCUCUGAGUUUUUUUUUU